AUGAGCAGCUUGGGCCUUUUCCGAUCAUCUGUACUAGCCCUCAAAACGGCGACUCCGACCACCGCCACAACUCCAUCCUCUCUUCCUGCUGACCAGCCUCAAUCGACUCGGCAAGCGCCCAAGAAUGUCGUUGUCUUCGCUCGCCGAUCUGAUAUCGAACUCGGUCCAGACGAUCGAGAAGGUGGUGGCCGAAUCUGCCACGGCCCAACAGAACCAAUCCGCUACUCUCGGGCCCAUCCGGUGACACCGUACGAGGUGCUCGAAGCUGUCGACCUCAUCGUCGCUGCCUGCGCCGAAUGGACCUCCAAAGUCCAGGACAGUACCGGGUUUAUCUGCACACAUGCGCUCGCUUUCAACGUCUCGUCGGCUAUAUGUACGAGUGACCGUCGAAGGCCACAUUCCCGAGAUUCUCAGGCCAGCAGGCACAGUCUGGCCCUUGACACCGGUAAAUCGGCCGAAGAGCUGCCCCGGGAACUCAAUUCGGAGAAGCACAUGGGCCCGAACACGCUUCCAGCUUUGAUCACUCAUUCGACGGACGAAAUGUUCAAAUCCUCGUCCCAUUUGACCGAGUGUAUCUUGGAGCCCUCGAGUUCGAGAUCGUUCUUUGGCGACCAAUCUCCGUUCUCUCAUGCCUUUGAAACCGGCAUGGACUUCCGAACGUUUCUUCAACUCAGUUUGAUGGUCGACUUAGGUGGAGGGGUCGGCCAUGUAGCAUUAAGCUUGGCACGCACGUAUCCGCGUUUACGAAUUGUGCUACAAGACAGGGCAGAAGUAAUCGUCCAAGCCCAAGCAGCCGUUUCCUCAAAACGAGUCAUCCUGGAAGCACACAAUUUAUUCGAUGUCCAGAACCGUCGAGGCGUCCGAGUCUUCUUCGCCCGCUUUGUUCUUCGUGAAUGGAACGACGAAACCGCGGUCAAGAUUCUCAAAAACCUUUCGGAGGUCUCGUCAUCGUCGACCAAGAUGAUCCUGGUUGAGAGGACCAUGACUAAUUGGAGUCAAGUUCAAGAUUGUCCGCUCCAAACCUGGGAGAUCCUCAAAGAUGUCAAGAUAUCUCAACAUGUUCAGAGCUUGUUCUCCAAUGAUGCGGCCCAUCCUCAAGUGUAA